CGGUGUGUGCCUGCCUGCUGCAUCGAGCAUCGUCUCCUUUAAACGAGAGAACGCAACACCGCAACAGGGCCGUCCGUCUCCGCCGCCGCCACCGCCACCGCCGCCUCCAACUGCGUGCGAACGGGAACCCUAACCCUAGCCCAGGUCCCCCCUGCUUCGUGCUCGGCAGCAAUGGCGUCGUUCUCUGAGGCGCCUCCGGGGAACCCAACUGCCGGCGAGAAGAUCUUCAAGACCAAGUGCGCGCAGUGCCACACCGUCGACAAGGGCGCCGGCCACAAGCAAGGUCCUAAUUUGAAUGGUCUAUUUGGGAGGCAGUCUGGUACAACACCUGGUUACUCUUACUCCACAGCUAACAAGAGCAUGGCUGUAAUUUGGGAGGAGAACACUUUGUAUGACUACCUGCUUAAUCCUAAGAAGUACAUUCCUGGAACCAAGAUGGUAUUCCCUGGACUGAAAAAGCCACAGGAACGUGCUGAUCUCAUUGCAUACCUGAAGAAUGCCACUGCCUGAUGAGGGUGCUGCUGACUGCUGUGGCUCUAAAGAUGAAGAGCAGCAAUUCUUUUUGCAGUUAAAAUAAUGAUACAAAUUUACUUUAAUUUGACAGGUUGGAUGAACAAGAAAGUUAAGAACUCCAGGUAGUUCUGUAACUGUUUUGUCUAUUGUUGGGGAAAAACGCCCCAGACGAGCUUUUGAUUAGUGGUUGAAAUGUGACACCACCAUAAUACUUUUGACCUGAUGAGCAUUCAAACACACAUUUCGGAAGGUUAAGAUACCUUUAUUAUUACAUUUUCAUGUUCGUUCCUCAA